AACGAUCGUACACAGAAAGAUACUUAUCACAUCAAAAUAACAAAAAUGAAUAAAUUCAAUUGACCUUUUAACGAUCAACUAUUCCAAAUCAGUAGUUCAUUAUCGUUGCCUCUUUUGUAAAAUUUUGUGUGUUAUUGUUCAUUCAAAUAAAUUAGCAGAAUUAUUUGUCUAACGUCUCAGUCGCGCUCAUUAUGUUUGUCGAUGUGGUGGAAUUGUUGUUCGACAGCUACGGAAAAGUUUAUCAUCCGGGUGAUGUGCUCACCUGUCACAUUGUCGUCCAUUCGGCAUUCAAUUUGAACUGCAAAUUUGUGAGGGCGCGCCUAAUUGCGCCAUACAAAAAUUCGAAAAAUGAGUAUUUUCGCGUGUAUCGAGUGGCAAAGCUGAAAAAAACGUCGCUGAGGACGAAUGGGACUUUGAAGGAAGAAGUUGGAGAAGAAGUAGCAGAAAACUUCAAGCUAAAAAAGGGUAGAAACCGCUUUGUCGUAACAGUUGAAAUUCCAGAUGUGCCUUCGGAAGCAUUUAAAGAAUAUAAAGAUGUCUUGCGAUGCAGCUUCAAAGUGACAGUCAAGCUGAAUUGGCUACUAAAAUUACACGUGUUGGAUUGGUUCAUUUUGAAUCCAGCAUCCGUUACAGAAGCCGUUGUGGACAAAAUUGACGCUGGAAUAAAUUACAUGAUGAAGAGUAUCGGAAAAGUUCGGAGCUUAACUCGUAAUAGUGAUCCGAGGAAAGAAUUUCGUGACAUGCGAAGAACGAACACGAUGAAAUGAAUUUAAUUGAUUUUUUAUAUAUUUACGUAACAAAAGUGAAUUAAUGCCAAAUUAAGAUAUUAAAAAAAAAUUAAAUAUUUUUUUUACAAAGUUAUUUAUUUAGA